AUGGCGCUCCGGCCAUGUGGUAAAUUCUUGGCGCUUGCCGUUCUGAGUUUAUGCUGGCUGCAGAAUCCCAUAGCGAGCCUUCCGUCAGGGCGAACUAGCUCUGCACGCAGCUCUACACGGACCACGGUGAGUAGACCGCGGCCGGCCUCACCUGCCCGGGCCCGUGCUGGGAGUUCGUCGUCUGGUACAGCACAUCACAAAGCGCCGCAUGCGCUGCAUGCGCAGCACAAGCCCCGGGCCGUCCAGUAUAGAGGUGGCGGUCGGCGGCUUACAGCCAAAGCUGCGAUUGGGAAGCCCAAACCCAACAGCGCAAAGUGCCGGAACAAGGCCAAAGCAACAAAUGCACCAAUGGUCGGCAUGAGGUCUGUUUCCCCGCGCCGAACGUCCACAGGCGGCCGGCUCCAAGCAACUGCACCGAAGCCUCGCCCGACGCAGACCUUGCAUUCCCAGCAUUCCAAUGCCAGGCAUGUGCAUGCACCAAUGGUCGGCAUGCACCACCACACUUCCCAUCAAAAUCAGCAUCACAGUUAUUGGCCAAGUUAUGGGCCUCUAAAUUACUGGAGGGUAUGGAGGUCGCAGCAAAUCGUACGACGGGCACAAGUAGACCCGAACUUUGCGGCCAAUGUUGGUCAAGCCAUUGAUACAGUCAGGGGCGACCAUGCGCAGCUGCCUGGAAUUGCCCCGGGAGCCAGCGUGUCCGAUCCAGGCAUAUCGCUGGAGAUUGCUCAGGUAACUGGUCUACGUUUUGUCGGCUUGUUACAAUACCGCCAGUUCUGGGACAACUUUCGCCAAGGUGUGGAGCUAAUAAGCACUUCUGCAAGAAGCGAGGUAACCAAUGUGGUGCACUCUGGCUUGUACCUCCGAGUUCGUUGGCGUCUUGUAAUGGUUCCCCGGAGUGUUCUGGGUAAAGAACAGGCCCGGAGCGCAGUUCAAGCCGCACGAGGAGCCUUGCAGAACUUUGAGGACAAUGUUCCUUGGGGUAAGACAGACCUCUUUCAGGCAGGAAGAAGCUUUCUCGGCCAAGCCGAAGAGUGGGCCUCUGAAGGUGGCGGGGCAGGUGCUGCAGGUGCUAACACAGAACGAAUCGUGGACCUGAAUUCCGUCUACGAGCUCGAUCCAUGGAAUGGCAGACUGGUAAAGCACACGCUGGAGUUCCGCAGCCCCGAGGAAGAUUUCGGGCUUUUGGGAGCCUUACAGGGUGUGCCAAGCAUGCGCUGA